AUGUCUACCUCUCACUCCUUCGUUCUCCUUGUGUCGUUUCGAGGCCCGACCAAACGCUUUCGUCUUGUGAGCGUGCAGAGCGCAGUGAAGAAGGACAGUGCUGAUGGAGGGGUGGGCGUGGCUUGGUGUUGCAGGUUCCGCUUCUGGCACUUCGGCGAGUGGCGGGAGGUGCUGGUGGACGACCGGCUGCCCACGCACCGCGGCCGCCUCGUCUACCUGCGCUGCGCCAACCCCACCGAGUUCUGGGUGGCGCUGCUCGAGAAGGCCUACGCCAAGCUGUACGGGAGCUACGAGGCGCUGCAUGCCGGCUGCACGACGCGCGCGCUGCAGGACCUCACCGGCGGCAUCGUGCAGAGCUUCGGCCUGGGCGGCCAGGACCGCUUCCUCACCUUCCAGGUGCUCAACAGCGCCGUGCCGCGCUCCUCGCUGCUCAUCGCCUCCAUCAACCCGCGUGACGGGCGUAGGCGCGUGCGCGGGCCCGCUGGGCGAGACGCGCUGUGUGACGCCUGCGCAUACCCGUGGGCGCGCGGCGAGUGGACGGGGCCGUGGAGCGAGCGCUCCUGGGAGUGGGACGGGCUCAGCGAGCGCGACAAGCAGCUGCUCAGCGUGCGCGUGCGCAACGACGGCGAGUUCUGGAUGUCGUUCGAGGACUUCGCGCGCCACUUCACGCACCUGGACCUGGUGCACGUGGGGCCCGACGACUGGAUGGGCGAGCCCGCCCUGCACUCCAAGCAGCCCUGGCGCGCCGUGCUGGCGCGCAGGCGGUGGCGCGCGGGCUACAACGCCGGCGGCGGGCCCUCCUACAUCGACACGACGGCGACCAACCCGCAGUUCCACGUGCAGAUCCCGCGCUCGGCGGCGGCCAAGUGCCACGUGGUGGUGUCGGUGACGCAGGCGUACGAGCCUCAGGGCGCCGGCGGCGAGGGCGGCAGCGCGGGCGGCGGCGGCGCCGGCGGCGGCGGCGGCAAGCGCGGCAAGAAGCAGCGCGAGCUGUUCGCCAUCGGCUUCGCCGUGUACGAGGUGCCGCCCAACAUGCUGCGCCUCACGCCGCAGUUCGUCGCGGAGCAGAAACCUCUGGAUGUCACAAACCAUUCUAUUGCACGGGAGGUAGUUACAUUUUUUACACUACCUCCUGGUGAUUACAUUGUGGUGCCACAAACAAAUAUACCUAACUGUGAUGGCAAGUUCCUGCUCAGAAUUCUCACAGAUGAACAAAGCAACAUCUGGGAGGUGAAUGAGGACAAUAUGGUUUUUCGCAACAUUUCCACAGAAUUCUUAGAAGACACAGUCAUUCUUCCUGACGGAAAACCAUUGGUUGCAAAACUUCUUUUAAAAUAUCCCGCAGAAGUUGAUGCAGCACAACUUCAGAAAAUUUUGAAGUCACACUGGAAAGCCUACCUUUCAGAGAAGCCUUCCCUUGAACUCUGCAAAUCGCUCAUCAUGCUCAGAGAUUACAACAUCAGUGGCAGGAUCAGUAUUCUGGACAUCCCUGUCCUCAUGCACAUGCUGCAGUUCUGGAGGAUAGCAUUCCAAAAAUUUGAUAAAGGUCAUGGGGCUAAGACUAGUAGUUACAACUUACGGCCUUUACUAUGGGAGGCUGGGAGCACUGCUAGCAACAAGGUGCUGGAGUGUCUGGUAUUAAGGUUUGCAAAAAAUUGUGUACUCACUUCAGAAUGCUUCAUAAUGGCCAUGGUGAGACUACACCUUGCACAUGGUGAAAGUAUGAAUAGCUUGGAUACGAAAAUGAAAGGAAACCCGUUGUCACUGGAAGAGAUGAUCCUGAUGACAAUCUACUCAUAAUUCCAUUAUUACAAUCUGCAUCACAAACCAAAGAUGGACAAAUAAGUCACUUAUUUUUCCAGAUGCUUUGUGUAUAGCACUUUUAGUCUCUGUAUAUAUGUAAUUCAUUAACUUAUAAUAAAUGUUUAUUUAAGAGUAUGAUUUCUACAAGCAAAAUUAUACUGAGAAAAAUUACAAAUAUAUAAUAAUCUAGCUUUCAAAAGUAUUUAUCAUUUUCACUACUUUAUAAUAUAUUACUGAUCCCUUUAAAACCAAAUUAUAUUCAACAUUUUUUAUAUUAAUAGAACCAAAAUACUCCAGAUUGACAGUUGGCACAUUACCAAUUUAAUUGCACAAUUAUUAAGCUCAAUACUUUAUAGGAGGAGCAUUGUUAGAAGUAAAUGUAAAACACGGUGUAGUAAAGGAAGUCCGCUUAGACACUGGCCUCAAACAUACAUGUAUCGCUGAACAUUACACAAUACCAAACCUAGAAAAUAAUUUAACUAAUAAGUACGUACAACUUCAUUACGAAUAUGUGUUCAUAGCCUUGAAUAGAUUACUGAGCAACAUGAGCAGUUUAAUGUUAUAAAGGAUACCUCCUUCUAGAUCAGAACGCUUAAGACAUGGACUGAUUGAUUGUAUUAAUGUAAAACAGCAGGAUGAUGACAAAUAAUGCAACAGUUAUGACCAAAGUCCAUCAUAUUUACUGCAUUUUCUAGUAGUAUGUAAUAUUCAAAUGAAAAUAUGACAAGUAUGUAUGAAUAUUAUUUUAUAAUAAAACCUGUCAGUAUAAUAGAAAAUAUGCCAAUUAUGCAUGAAGAAAGUAAAAUGCUAUCAUAAGACUAACAUUUGAGAGUAGUAUGACCAGUCUUUUGAAGCCAAACUUUUAUUAAAUACCAAAUAUUAUACAUUUCAUUCAAUAUGUCUUCAUACUCAGAUAUUUAUACUAUUUAACGUAACAUUAAAAUAUAUUAUUUUCUACCAAUCAUCAGAUUUUCUGCAAUGAUUUGCUGAUUCUCAGAAAUCUCAAAAGUAAUUAUAAUUUUACACUAAUAAUUUAAACUGGACAUGUAUGAAAUAAUAUUGAUUAAAUACAUAAAAUUUCAGCUUGAAUAUUGAGACAAAUAUUAAAGAAAUCAGCAAAUUAUGACAGAUUUUUUUGCUAGUUAUCUUUUAUAGAGCUGAAAAGCAAAUGUGAUAUGUAUUGUGUUGUUAGUUCCAUGUUAUUGUCAAAUACAAAUGAAUGUUAUUACUGUCAUAUAAUGAACUAUAUGAAUUCUGUAUAGCCAUAAAAUAAUAUAUUGUAUUUUGUGAAUAUUGUAUAUAUAAAUAAAAUUUUUGUUGAAUUUUACAUAUAAA